UGAAACAUGUGUUUCAAUAACAUUACUUCCGCUUCAACAAAAUCAGCAAUUUUUGUUUAUCACCGGAAUUAAUUUUGUGAUUUUUACCAGAAAAAAUGGAAGUGGAUUUUGGAGAAAUCUUAGAGCCAGUGUCUCGAGCUUUCUGGGAUGACUACGACGAUCUCAAUGACAAUGAAGAAUUUAAAAGUCCAGAAUGGAAUGCAGAAGCAAAAGAUGUGGUUUGUCCUGCAAACACAAAUUCCUUUAUUGUUCUUGAGGGAGAUAAAAUUGAAGAGUUGAUGAAGCUGCUAAUUCUCAAAGACAGAAAUCCCAUUGCUAAACUAAAAUCAGGAAAAGUCUCUCUGUACCAUCUUCCAAAUGAGAAGACUGUGGUUUGUCUAUCUGAGGAGAAAAACCUCAAUUACUAUGGGCCAAUAACUGAAUUGUUGAAGCCAUUCCUUGAGAAGAUUCCUCAGGUAUGCAGUAUUUCCAUUCAGCCAAGCUCUCUUCACAAAGGUCCCAGGGAAGUGGAUACUGAUAAAGUAUCAUUUAUUCGUGGCAUUGAUUCCCACCUGGCGGAGAUUACACCCUUGAAGGAACCGAAUUUUAUAACUGGAAUCUGUGCUGGAGUUGCAUCUUGGCGGAAGUUCAACAAUCUCCCAACUCCUUGCUAUGUUGUCUACGUUGAGGCUCUCCGAUUGGAUUCCCAAACAAUUGAACCUCUUGUACAUGUUCUCAGCAAAAUUGGGCUUUCCUGCCAAGACAUCCGUAAUGUUAACAUCAAAGCAUCCGAAUCCAAUCUGUACAUGUAAAUUGAUCAUUGCUUCGCUACCUCCUCAAUAAAAAAAAUAAAAAAGAAGAAAUAAAACUACAUGAAUAAAAAUUUUAAAUCAAA